AUGCCACACGUCGAAGUGCUCCCAAACUCCACGGCGACCGUUGCGCCUGGAUGGACGUAUGUCGUCGACACAGGCUACGACCCCUCAAAAGUCGCCAUCAACCCCAAGAACAAGAAGCGCGCCGCCGCAGCAACACCAGGCGGUCAACGGGCGGAGAAUGAGCUCUCUGCCCGACAACAGACAGCCAUAGCUCGACGAAUAGCCGAACUAGAACGCGACAACGACCCCAAGCAGCUCAUCACGAUACCCGGAAAGCCGAGCGUGCCAAAGACACAAAAUGCAAGGAGGAUCAUACAAUACCAGCGGCAGAUCAAGCAUUGGCUCGACGAUGAAGAGGCGCAAUUAGGACAAACGACAACUACGUCCAGGGGAAGCGUUUCUCAGCCCACAGGGGGAAGGGGAGCAGCGCAAGCCUUGCGAAGGCAAAGCACAUAUGCUUCCGUGCCUGCGACGCCAGUAGAAGCAACGCCAGGGCCUCCAACAGUUGCGCAGACUCCGUCGCGUCUCGAGGACGCAAAUGCAGACGACGCGCUGCUCUCGAUCGACGAUUCCAUACCCGCGCCGUUGAACCCCACCGAGCUCGAGGCUCUACUUGCCGCUCCACCACUUUCCUACGCUGCAAGCCACGCCGCGCCUCCUCCCGCUGGCGGUCCACCACAGAGACAGUUUUGCGACAAUUGCGGAUACUGGGGACAAAUCAAGUGUCGCAAAUGUGGAGCGCGGGUAUGUGGAUUGGAGUGCAAAGACGCGCACGAAGCAACCAGGUGCUUGAAGUGGGCAUGA